CAUCUCAUAGUUCAUCUCCAUUUCCAAAUUUCCAAUUACUGAUUGUAUGAGUCGUGAAGAAAACAUUCGCGGCGAUCUUCUUUGUUCCGACCACCGUCCCCGCUCAAUUUUCCGACAUCCGUCGAAGAUCGCAGCUCACUGCUUCAUGCAAAUCGUAUCCUCAGUCUGCUUCUCUUUUCUCAAAUUUUAAGCUCUCUUGCACCGUCGAAGUUACAGGAAAGUUCAGUUGAUAUCUCAUUGUUUCUGAGAAGAUGCUGCCUAGGGCAUUGUUGUCCAAGGUCAUUCUAAAGCCCUCUGUUUCUCUUUUCCAAUUCAAUCAACAGAGAGGAUUGCAUAGCAGGAACAAGAAAGCCAUGGAAUUCAUUGCCAAAGGGUGGAAUGCUUUGAAGGAGGUUGAUAGAGUCAUUGAUUAUUGUGAGCUCAAUGAUAGGCGUCUCAUCCCUCUUCUUAACACAGCAAAGGAGAAUUUUGAGCUUGCUUUGGAGGCGGACAACACCAACACCCAUGCUAGAUAUUGGUUGUCCAGAGUGCAUAUGAAAUACCAUGUUCCUGGAGCAAACAAGGCUGUAGCGGCAGCAUUAUUGGUAGAAGCAGCAGAAAUGGGUGAUCCUGAUGCACAAUAUGCAUUGGGCUGUCAUUUAAGAGUAGAGAAUGACUAUGUCCAAUCAGAUCAACGAGCUUUUUAUUAUUUGGAGAAAGCUGUGGAACAGUUGCAUCCAGGUGCUCUUUAUCUUUUGGGGGCUGUAUAUUUGACUGGUGAUUGUGUUAAAAAAGAUAUUGCUUCAGCGUUGUGGUGUUUUCAUAGGGCAUCUGAGAAGGGCCAUGCUGGGGCAGCUAUUGCAUAUGGAUCUCUUCUUCUUAAAGGUGUCAAAAUUCCAGAAUCAAUAAUAAAAUUCAGUUUGAAGAGAGGUUCAGCUGCUCAAAAACGAGGAAAGAACAAAGAAAGUAUUGCAAUUGAUCCAGUAGAGAUGGCAAAAGAAAAAUUUCAGAUAGCUGCAAAAUCAGGAUGUGAUCUUGGAUUCAAAUGGCUUGCAAGGUUAGAGGAGGAAGAGAAAAGGUUACUCACCCAAGAAUAUUAAGAUUAAAUUAGGAAAUGCAGUUUGUUUUUGUAUGCAGAACAAUUGUGUAAUUUAUAGGAGUUAGCUUUUCUAUAGCUAUGAAAUUCCUUUAGAGGAAACAGUCAAAAAUUAAAUACAUAAGAUGUUAAUAAAUUUAUAUUUUCUAUGUAUGAAUUUUUAUCCUCAAUUAUAAUAUCAA